UUAAAAACAACGAAUAGUGCUUUAUACAUUUGAGUGAAUAUAAAAAUUCUUUCCAAAUCUCAUUUAAUAUAUUAUUUACAUCACAUUAAUCGAAAAAUUAUAAUAUUUCAAAUUCAAAAUAUAAUCUACAGAAUUUUAUUUGUUCCAUAAAGAAAAUUUUAUUUCCGGACGAAAAUUAUUUAAAAUUAUUAAAAUUACUAUUUAUAUGAAAUAAUUUCGGCAUCUAUAUAGAAAUAAUCAUUACGUAUUAAAAAAUGAUUUAUAUCUGUAUUUUACUUUGUGCAUUUAUUGCUCCAUUCUCAUACACUAUUGGUAAUGAAAUAUCAUCAGAAAUAACUGAACCACCUCCAGUAGAAGUAUCUAUUGAAGAUUCCAUUCGUAAAAAAGGAUCUAAUGAAAUAUCAAUUCAUGUUACUCUUAAUAACAGUGAAAGAGAAUUCAUUUUACAAACUGUCGAUAAUUUUGCUGGUAAAAAUACAAAAGUUUGGAUAGCUAAAAAAGUGAACGAUAAAUUUGUAUACACUCUACAAGAAGAUUUUAUGAGAGAAUCAAAAAAUAUUUCCUUCUUUUACAAUAAUCAAACCGAAUCUGAAGUAUUUCAGACAAAUAGCGUUAUUAAUUAUGAUCAAGUUGAUAAUGAACCAAUCGAUGUAUCAAAUUUAACAACGGUGUAUCCAGAAAUUUUAGUCUAUGUUGAUAAAACACUUUUUCGACACUUUGAUUAUGAUAUUGAAAAAACUGUAAUUUAUACACUAACUCUUUGGAAUGGAGUGGAUCUCGAUUUUAGAGAAUUACAAAAUCCGUCAGUUCGUCUUAACAUUGCAGGAAUUGUAUUGUGUCAGGAUCAACAUUUAGAAAAUGAUCCAUUUAGAGUAAAUUCAGAAAAACUGUUGGAAUUUGGUAAAUUUAUGUACAAUCAAGAUCAAUUCAAAUUGGGAAAGGAUUACGAUAUUGCUGUAUUAUUAGGUGCAGAUCCAUUAUUCAAUAUGGGCACUGCAGGUAUUGCAUUUUUGGAAAGUACUUGUGUUAAUAACACUAAUGAACAACUAAUAUAUUCUAUAGCGGUAGUUUGGGAUAAUACUGCCUUUUAUGGAAUUCAUACAGCUUCACAUGAAUUAGGUCAUUUAUUCGGAGCUCUACAUGACGGUAGUGUAGUUGAUUCAACAGCGAAGUACUGUUCUUUUUUUGAUGGCUACAUUAUGAGCUUUACCAAUAUUGACGAAAAACGAUAUCACUUUUCCACGUGUUCUAAAAAAAUGAUGUCUAACUAUCUCAGAAGCGAGGGUCCUAAAUGCAUUCGUAAUAAUCCAUUGGUUAAUGAAACUAAUGAACAAAUGUUAAGAAUUUUGCCUGGUAAAUUAAUGACAAUAGACGAACAAUGUCAAAAAUAUGGAUUUCUCCGAGCAUAUGAUGUGAAUCCAGACUUUUGCCAAGGCAUUCAAUGUAAGACUGUUGAGCUGGGUUUUUCAUAUAAUCCUUUUUUUGCAGCACUUGAAGGAACGCCUUGUUACAUAGGAAAAUAUUGUUUGAGAGGAGAGUGUGUUGAAGUAAAUUUCAACACAACUGAAAAUAAUAAUUAUUUAAAAGAAUUAUUUCCAUCACUUUCUCAACAUCUUACAUAUUUAAUAAAUCUGCAACAGAGCAGUGCAUAGAAUACGGAUUAGAAAAUGUUACCGAAGCCUCUUUUGAAAACUGCGAAGUAAUGUGCGAGUUUCCGAUAGAAGAAUACACAGACUACAUAGUUCCCAUGGUUACAGUUACUAUAGCAACCGUUUCCAUAGCAACCGUGCACUGAAAAAAAAUUCUAUUUAGAAUAACCAGAAUUCUGGUUAGGGUAUAUUUAACAUUUUGAUUCUGGUUAGAUUAACCAGAAUUCUGUUUAUUUUGGUCCCAAAACUGAAAAGUGAAUGAUAAUUGCGCAGAAAAUUUAUAUAACAUGAAAUGAAUAUCUUAAAUAGUCAAAAUAGCUGGGAUAGAGAGCACUUGUUAAAAAUCGAUUUUCAUUACCGAAUUUAUUUGGAACUUGUUACUUGGAAGUUUUUAACGUUUCUAUUGACGUUUCGAAAGUUGAAUUUAAAAAAUUCAAAAUGGCGGAUUAUAAAUGGCGUUGAAAAAUUUCAAAAAUGGAGUGAAUUUUUUCGCAGUUUUUUCCUCGGGGUUUUUUGAAAUAUUUGAACGCCAUUUUUAAUUCGCCAUUUUGAAUUUUUUAAAUCCAACUUUCGAAACGUCAAUGGAAACGUUAAAAACUUUCAAGUAACAAGUUCCAAAUAAAUUUGGUAAUGAAAAUCGAUUUUUAACAAGUGCUCUCUAUCCCAACUAUUUUGACUAUUUGAGAUAGUUAUUUCAUGUUAAAUAAAUUUUCUGCGCAAUUAUCAUGCACUUUUCAGUUUUGGAACUCAAAGUUAAAGGUUUAAGCUUUCAUUCAAGCCUUCGUGAAGGUUUUUAUCUUGUUGCGUUUUCGUUUUACAACGCUUCAAAAAGUGCUAAAAAAGCGAUUUUUUGACACUUUAAUCUCGUUUUUUACGGAACUGACAGAAUGAAAAUUUUUUUUUUGGGUAUAUUCUUGUUCAGUGACACCUAAACUUUCAAUAAACACAGAAAAUUUUAAAUAAA